AUGUCCGGGACAACGGAGGAGCGCUUGUCCAAUGUCUUUGGUCCUCGGAUGCAAGCAGACCGUCCGCUUGGGAAGGAGAUUCUGCUCUGUGUUGAUAUUGAAGGGAUGAAUGGCCUGCCACUGGAGAAGGCGUGGCCGCAUUGUCACGACGUUCGCCCAUCAUAUCGAGUGAACUUUAAGGCUCUCUCGGACGAAGGAUCGCGUUCUAUAUCUACCCCAAUUGUAUAUGAAGGCCAGGGAUCUCUUCAGGGCACGGUGCAAUGGAACGAGACCAUCUACAUCCGGUGUUUGGAACUGUCCUACAUUGAAGUCGUUCUGCUAUGUUCCCAUCCUGAUAACCCCGCCCGGGCACGCUCCUCCUACGAAACGUGCAUGCCCGUUAAAAGCUUUGUUUCCGCCACUCAGAUGCCACUCAGACAUCGGAGUGAUCCCAGUCGCAACUCAUGCAACUUGUUCCUUUCCGUCUCCCGAGUCUUCCCCGAGGGCGAGGAAGAGACUUGCGAUUUGAGUACUUCAUGUCUGCAGGCCCGACAUGAGCAGAGUCACGUUGAUCCGACGGUGCCGGUCAGCGUAUGGAAUACUGCUUUCAAUCAGAUGUCACUUUUACUGGACACUGCUUGUCGGUGGAAUGGUAAUGGUAAUGGGAGGAUGCAGGCAUCUUUCCUAUUUUCCCCUUGGGCUGAAGGCUGGCUCUACAUGGCAUACCGAGAUCGUUACAGUGGCAUGGAAGGAAAGGAUCAGCUCGACAAAGAUCUAGGGAGAGUCUUUGCAUGUACGCAGGAGUUUAUGAAUGUGAUCCGACAACCUGUCGCACGUACGCGCGAGCCAAGUAAGGGCCGUUACAUAGACUUGACUAUGCGUGCGGUGUAUAGCGGGGUGAAACACAUACGCUCGGAUCCCUUCGGACAUUGGCAGAGUGCACAUGAAAGAUUCGUGGCAAAGUUGACGAGGCUUGCCUGGAUCAUCGUCACACCAGAUCCACCUGCAACGGCCACCGACACUCCGACGACGAUAGCCAAAGACGCAAUCCUCCUGGUUCUAGAUGCCAUCGUACGAUCGUCGGACGCAUUUCCACCACUAAAGAGUGCAGCCAGCGGCCUGCUCUUCUUUGCUACCUGUGCAGACAUGGCAUGCGGCAAUAAGAAGCAGAUCCGCGACAUAUACAAGCGCAUACACGGCCUGGCUGCCUCGCUCAAACGCGGAACCAAGGAGGGGAGCCGGAUCACUCCAGAACAUCAGGAUGCCAUCGAAGUUCUUGCAGCAGAUAUCGAAGCAUUGAAAGGCGAUCUGGAGGGCAUCAUCUCCGAACGCAAGAGCCGCUUCAGACGGUUCUUCUCGGCCAAACGGCACCGCGAAGAGCUGAAGGAUGUCGUAGAACAGCUCGAGACCUCGAAAUCGAACUAUACUACUGCAUUGGCCACGUUGAACGCCAUGACGAUCGCCGACGUCAAUAGGGAUGUGAGGGCUAUCGCGCUCGUCCUGGACGCGCGCCCGGUGUACAUGCCCGGCACCCGUCGUGCGCAGGAUGUCACGUUUCCAAAUGGCGCGAGCCGGUUUGAGGAGAUUUGA